AUUUGAUAAGACUUUUCAUCAUGUCCAAAGUAUAUACUUAUGAAGAAGUCGCUCAACAUAAUAAGCGUGAAGAUCUUUGGAUGAUCAUUGAUAAGAAGGUUUACGAUAUUACAGGCUUUGUGGAUGAACAUCCAGGUGGUGAAGAAGUGUUGAUUGAUGAAGGUGCCCGCGAUGCUACUGGUCCCUUUGAAGAUGUAGGUCAUUCUCCUGAUGCUCGUGAACUUUUGGUAAAAUACUAUAUUGGUGAUGUCGACCCUACCUCUGCACCAGUAAAAGUGACUAGUCCAAAUGCUACUAGUGUACCUGGAGAACAAGUCCAAGGAAAUCCUCUUCGUAUCAUCAUUCCUUUAUUAAUCGUCCUUGGUUAUAUCUAUUUCCGCUUUUAUGCUUAAUUGGAUCAAAAAAAAAAAAAAAAUAGGGUGUGGAAACAUCGACUCGUUUGUCAUUGUCGAAAUGUUUAGUCGUAGUAUAUUUACAUUUAGAGCAUUAUUUAGUCAUACAUUUGUUUUACUUUUUUUUUUUCUUUAUUCGAUCCUGAUUUUUAUAUUUUGAAUAAAACAUACAUAAAAAUAAAUAAAUAA